UUCUCAUGACCCUGAGUCAGCAACGGCUCCAUCCAAAUCCCUGACAGAAACAAGAGUGCUACAGGCAAUGCGUUCAAUAUUUAAUGUCUACACAACACUCAGAACACCGACAAAGAGAAGGGAACUCCCGUCUGCACUGCCAGCCUCAGGGGUUUUCCUCUUCAUCUGCAUUUUGCAGCAUGCACGAGCAGCAAAGGGCUGCGUGCAGUUUGUGACACGUGCUCGGAAGCACAGCUGUGUCAGUGCGGUGUGCGGCACGUUCUUCUCCCUUAACACAAAGCUGCAGGCGGGCACCCAGCUCUGCAACACGGGCUGGAAGGUGCUUGUUCUUCACAUGAAGAUGGCGACGGGCAGCGCCCGAGGCGAGGAGGAGAGCACCGGGAUGUGAGGAACGACUGCGAGCGUUGUGCGAGGCCGCCAUCUAGUGAGUGGAGACGGAGGGACCCGCGGCUCCGACAGAGGGACGGGGAUGGAGGAGCGAGCCCAGCGCCCGAUACACCUGAAGCCAUUUUGCUCUGCUCUGCUUCAGGCUCCUUGUCCUCCACGAUGGACCGACCCAAGGGAUAACCUGUCUCAUCUCCUAUUCCCAACAGGGAAUUCAGGGAGUGAGCUGGCAGUGCAAUGUGUCUGCGAGGUGACAGGCAGCUGUGGUACGAGGUUGUGAGUGGGACAGAGCUGCCCUGACACCUUGCAGUAGUAGCAGCUCUGACACGCAUGAGAACAGCCUCAGUGCAAAACAGUCCAAAUCUGGGGUGAAGAUGAUCGUGCUGUCACAUCCUUUGUGAAGGGAAUCCUUCCCUACGAGGAACUCUCCUGGGUCAGGUUGGGUGGAGAAGAGAAAAUCAGUGCUUGCUUCUAGCUAGCAAUCCCUUGUAGUCAUUGGCAGCCAUGUCAUUAGCAAAGCUACAACACAGCUGUGUCCUGUCUGCAGCUGUGAGGGGCCUUGGGUGAGACCAGUCCAGCCAUGUGCUGCAGUCUGGGCCGUGCUGCUGGGGCACAGUGUGCUGCAGGGAUGAGGAGCAAGUCCUGCGUCUGUGCUGGCAAACCGAGAUGUUCUGAAACAAUGCAUCAACACUAGAAGACCCUUCUAGACCACAGCAGUGUGUGUACUUAAAGGUAAGGAAGAUACAUCCUUAACCUAUACUGGGAAGGAAGAGGAAACUGCUGUACCAAAGAAGUGUUCUGUACGGAAAAGAUAUGUCUUCAUCAGUUCAGCCCUUCAGAGAUCAGAAGUACCACGAGCUGAAAAGGCAGUGUAUCCAUCAGGGACGGCUGUUUGAAGAUCCUGAGUUUCCAGCCUCAGAUGAGUCCCUUUUCUAUCAAAAAGCCCCACAAGGGAAAGUUGAAUGGAAGCGCCCAAAGGAUCUCUGUCAAGACCCCUAUCUGUUUGUGAAUGGAAUCAGCUCUCAUGACUUGCACCAAGGCAGCUUGGGGAACUGCUGGUUUGUGGCUGCAUGCUCCUGUUUGGCACUGAGGAAGACACUCUGGCAGCAGGUGAUUCCAGACUUUCAAGAGCAAGAAUGGGACCCUAAAAGACCAGAGAAAUAUGCUGGGAUUUUCCGUUUCCGUUUUUGGUGCUUUGGAAUAUGGACAGAGGUGGUUAUUGAUGAUCUGCUGCCAACAAUUGAUGGGACGUUGAUCUACUGCCAUUCCAAUGUGGAAAAUGAAUUCUGGAGUGCAUUAUUGGAGAAAGCUUAUGCAAAGUUGGCUGGAUCUUAUGAAGCCCUGGAUGGAGGCAGCGCUGCAGAUGCAAUAGUGGAUUUCACUGGGGCAGUGGCAGAAUCUAUUGAUUUGGUACAGGGAAAAUACAGCGAGACUAUUUCGGAGCAGAUGAAGCUGUUUGAAGAUUUGCUGAAAGUGCAUAAAAGAGGCGGGCUGAUCAGCUGUUUCAUCGCGUUAUCCUCUGGAAGUGCCAAUGAGGUGCAGGCAAAGACGGGUCUCGUCGCUGGUCAUGCCUACUCAGUGACUGCAGUUCGGAAGCUGCACCUUGGAGAAAGGCUGACAUUCUCCUUUAAGGCAGAAAAGCUCUUCAUGGUCAGGCUGAGGAAUCCCUGGGGAAAUAGAGAGUGGAACGGUGCCUGGAGUGACAAUUCUGAAGAGUGGAAGAAAGUCAGCAGUGCAGAGCGUAAAAGUCUGGGACUCACUGUUGAGAAUGAUGGGGAGUUCUGGAUGACAUUUGAGGACUGGUGCAAGAAUUUCACUGAUGUGGACAUCUGCCGGAUUGUGAAUACCUCCGUCUUCAGUAUCCACAAGACCUGGGAGGCAAAAAUGAUGCAUGGGGCUUGGACAAAGAAUUCAGAGCCCCUGCUAAAUCGCUGUGGUGGCUGCUUUGAUAACAUCGAGACCUUCCUUCAGAAUCCCCAGUACAUCUUUGACGUUAAGAAGACAGAAGACAAAGUGUUGAUCUCAUUACAACAGGAGGAUCGGCGCAGGAGCAAAAAAGUAGGGAAAGGAGACAACAUCAUCAUUGGUUUUGAAAUCUUCAAGGUAGAAGAUAACAGAAGCUAUAGACUACACAAGUUGACUGUGCAGGAGAGAGUGGCUACAUCUCCAUACAUUAACACACGCAAUGUGUUCUUGAAGAAGAUCCUUAAGCAAGGCCGUUACAUCCUUAUCCCAACUACGUAUCUUCCUGGCAUCACUACAAAGUUCAUCCUGAGACUCUUCACCGAUGUGCCAUCAAAGCUCAGAGAGCUGACAGCAGAUAAGCCUGAAAUGACGUGUUGGAGUCUUCUUUGUGGCUAUCCACGCAGAAUCACCCAAAUCAAAAUCCACGCUGCAGAAGGCUUACAGGAGCAAGAUGGAUCAGGUGGAGCAGAUCCCUACGUGCUCAUCAAGUGCGAGAACCAGCAAGUGCGCUCCCCUGUACAGCACAACACUACCAGUGCGAUUUUCAACACACAAGUCAUUUUCUACAGGAAGAGCAUCGACAGUCCCAUCAUUGUCCAGGUCUGGAACAGCAACAUCUUGUGUGACCAGUUCCUUGGACAGGCGCUGCUGGCAGCUUCACCCAGUGACCCCGGAGAACAGCAGACUCUGCAACUUCGAGGGAGAGGCAGCCAAGAAGCCGAGGAGGUGCCAGGUCACAUCACCAUCAAGGUUUUUUCCAGUGAUGACCUCGUGGAGCUAUGAAUACCAAAGCCCUGCAGAGCCAGACAGAGCUGUCACCUCGCAGCAGGAGAGCUUGUCUGUGCUUUCUGUGUGAAUGACUUGUAAGCAAAGGUUUCACAUACAUACUUACAAUUGCUUUAAAAAGAAAAAGCUCUCUGAAAUUCCCCAUUAUCCAAGAUAAGGGGAGGGAGGCUUCUAAAGGAAAAAAAAAAAUAAAAAUCAUAUAUAUGUAUAUGUUCAUCAUACAGCAAGCAGUAGAAGGGGUGCCAAACUGUCAGCAGAUGAGCUCAUUAAGACAUGAGCUCAUAACCAUCUUCCCCAGCAGAUCGUGAGCUCGUGACAUGUAAGUUGGAAGCAGACAUGACUGUUCUCACAGGUCCUAGCACUUCAUUACACAUGUUCCCAGCAGGCAGGUAGGAAUAGCUGCAUCUCCACAGCCGCAUGCCAGCAGGCUGGCAAGGACAAGAUGGACUCACGUGCCUGAUGUCCUUGUGCACUGCUAGACUCCCCCUGGGAGAGGGAUCUUUUUGAGCUUUGAUUGGAAUUCUUUUCCUCUAUACUGAUAUAUAUACAUAUGUAUAUAUGUAUAUACAUUAAAUACAUUUAAUUUCACUGUUAGUGAUGAAGAUCAGAUAUUUCUGUUCCUUGGCUAAAACACCAUUACUCAAGGAUUUCAGUUAUAGGACUUAGGACCAGAUGUGCUAUGGCAAUAUUAAAAUAGAGGGGCACAUCUUGGAGUGACAGAUUUGCCUACAUGAAGGCUCUCUUUGUAUUUUCCUGUUUUCUUCCCCAAGCUGAUGAUUCACAAGUUGAUAUCUUUGGCCAAGAGAUGGGCAUCUCACAGUUCAGCUGUGGCUUUGCCUGGAGGACAAAUUCAGUUAUGGAAGCCACCUUCCUAAGGAGGUGUUGUUUAAUCUACUUGAUGGUAGAAUGGAAUAAUUCUCCCUUUGCCUCAUUAGAUGUGAUGAGCAACAUCAGAAUGGAAGAGGAGGAAAUUAGCUUAUGACAGGAAUGGGUCUGUACAGCAAAGAUGCCGUGACAUAGCAGGUACCAGGUUUUCUCUUUGGAAAUUUUGCAAUAGUUUAUUGCUGAUAGAACUCACAGCUCUGAGAAACUUUAACUUUGGUAUGAUGGAGGACAGGUAUUGUUCAGAUUUUUUCAAAGCAGGGUUUGGGUACAAACUUCCUUGUAACAUUUGCAUAUAGCCUGUCAAUAGGGCUCCUUCACAGCAGUCAUUUCUGAGUUGUCAGGCUAUGCAGUGAUUCUGGCAGUGCAGAAGAGGCUCACUGAAACGAGCCCUCAGAAAUGGAUUUUGUAUGGUUGCAAAUUUUGGUCUUGAAAGUGAAGCUAAAGGCUUACGAUCCUGCCUCUUGUACAGGCAGGAAGCUUGCAUUUCUGUGUCCCUCAUAACUACUUCAGCCAUUUUGUGCAAUAUUUAUUACUUAUAAAAUGGCCCUUGGUGGAGUUAAUGUUUUCAGAAAAGGUUUAUAAGUAAGUCUGCUCAGGGCUCCAAAAGGAUCUGUGCUGUGGGAGGAAAAUGAUUUGUCUGACAUGUUAGGUCUUGAAUAUAAAGCCAUAAAGGAUAUUAUGCUGCCAUCAGCUUAGCUGCAUGUACCGAGUACCUAAAUCCAACUCUUUUUUAAAUAGCUUGGGCUCAAGCCAUUUUGCACGCCGAGCAUUUGUCAGAUCUGAGCUACAUGCAGUUGGCAGCCCCACAGCCAAGUAUGAGACUUCUCUGUAAACUCAUGGCUUUAGAGUUGCUUACUCUCAGAUACGAUUGUAAACUGCAUUUCUGUUAAAAAAAGCAUAAACUUCUCCUACAGACCAGAGCUCAGGCAAUGCACACAGAGUCUGCAACUCAGUCUGGGCUGCCCUUCCUCUGAAUUAAGACCUGUUUAUGUUACUUUUCUUCACACACUAUUUUAUUCCACAAUAGCUCUGCUUCCAACAGCCCAUCAGACACACCUUGCACAUACAGGCAGAGCACCAGGGCUGCAGAGUUGUUGAGGAUCACCGGCAGCAAAGGUGAGCAGCUGGGGAGAGCAGAGUUGUGUUGUAUAACCCCCUUUUCAGAUGGUUUUUUAGAACUCUUUCUUCUGAGAUGGGUGCAGUAAGGAAGGAUGGGCCCUACUGGCUGAUGGAUUGGGGUCAGUGCUUAGCCUGGAGAAGGCUCCUGUCAGACAGCACCCAGCUCUUGUAUCUGUGUGUGCCAACUGCGGUGAGAGCACAAAUUAAAACAGACGGGAAACAGUCUGAAAAAUGUAUCAUUUCGAAUUCAUUUCGAAUUCAUUUCGAAUUCCAGCCUUUAUUUUUCAACACGAAGCUCCUCGUGCUUGGCCGCAGGGUGGCGCUCGAGCCUCAGGCCCUGCUGAGGGGAUCCCUCGCGCCGCCAUUACGCGCCGUCUCCCGCAGGCGGCGCUGCGGCCGCCAUCUUACCUGGCGGCUUGGGGUCGUAUGUGGGUACGGCUGAGGUAGGGUAUGAGGUAGGGUUAUACAUUAAAAGCAGUUUGUGUAUGUAUACACCAGUAAAUACAUACAAUACAUGCUACAGCUCCAUGUAGGUGACUGCAGAGAGAAUUACGAGUGUGUGUUUGUGUCUAUACAUAUGUAUGUACCCAUAGACACAAAUAUAUACACUGUGUCCUAUUUAAUGUACAUAGAAUGCAUUACAAUGCUUCCUUUGCCUGGCUUACAUACAUAGGUAUACACAGAUAAUACACAUGGAUAGUGUUAGGUUUUUGUUACAGAGAUCUCGUCCAAUUUAUCUUUAACAUAUGUAUGUACACACUGAUACAUGUAUAGUGAUGGACUGAGAAUGCUAUGUAUGAUUAUGUAUGUAUAGUUGUGCACGUAUGUAUAGCUCUACACAUGCUUACAGUAUAAGUAUCUGUUCAAGGGGCUUUAAAUGUGUGUAUACAUACACACACAUUAUAUAUAUAUAUAUAUACACACACACAGAUGUGCAUGUGGUUUCAGGUAUUACACACACACACAACAUGAUAUGUAGAGAGCAUGUGCAUUUUGUCUAUACAUAAAUAUGUGAAAGACUGGAGUCAUCUAGUUACAGAUGUGCACUCUCACUCUGUGUAACUAUACAGUAUGUAUUCAAUGUAUAUUAUCAUAAACUCAUGAAAAGCUUUGGGUUAGAUGGGACCUUAUCUGUUUGUGUAGAGGCUGUAUGUGCAGGUAUGUGCAGAUAGCAGUGGGCAGCUGGAGGCAUUUGAGUGCCUGGCGGUAAGUGCAGACAAGGCACAGCUGCAGUUCACACCACUCGGUUGGUAUUUAUAACUUUUAUUUGCAAUACUUUAGGUCCAAGUUUCAAACUGCAAUAUUUUUACACUCAAGACACAGUCAUGCACAAUCCAUAUUUCAAUUUUCUAUUGCUUCAACCACAAUUUAAAAUAACUUAAUGUUGGAAACAAAACCCAAAGUCUUAAAAAAGAAAAAAAAAAAC